GGUCAGCGAGACCGGCUCGGCCUCCCGAGCAUCCUUGCCGGAGCCCCGCCCAGGCCCGCGCUGCCUGCCCGAAUAUAAGCAGCCACCGGCUCCAGGCUGAGAAUCAGUGCCCGUGUGGCCCACGCCUCUGUCGCACCAGCGCCAUUGCCAUCGCCAUCACCACCCCACAGCUCCCCUCCCUUGAGAGCCCAGCCCCCAGCCCCCCAGUCCCUAGCAUCCCUUGGACAGCUCUGCCACGGUUGCUGCAGCCACCUCUGCCAUCCCCAGCACCACCUCCUCAGGGCCUGCAAGAUGCAGUUUGAGAUGCACGACAACGUGAGAGGCAAAGCCAUGUCCUACCCUGUGACCAGCCAGCCCCAGUGCGCCAGCACCUGCUACCAGACCCAGCUCAGCGACUGGCACACCGGCCUCACGGACUGCUGCAACGACAUGCCCAUCUGUCUGUGCGGCACGUUCGCGCCUCUCUGCCUCGCCUGCCGCAUCUCCGACGACUUCGGCGAGUGCUGCUGCGCGCCCUACCUGCCCGGAGGCCUGCACUCGCUCCGCACCGGGAUGCGCGAGCGCUACCACAUCCAGGGCUCCAUCGGGCACGACUGGGCGGCCCUCACCUUUUGUCUGCCCUGCGCCCUCUGCCAGAUGGCGCGGGAGCUGAAGAUCCGGCAGUAGAGCUGCCCCCGCCCUCUCCCCGCUUCCCCCGGGUCCCGCCUGGCCUCUUCUGUCCCGUCCCGGGAGGACCUGUCCCUCCGUCCCGGUCCCUCAGGAAAUACACCCUCAAUAAAGAAACCUGA